ACUGGGUGGUGUGAUGGUUUGCAUGCAUCAGCAUAAACAUAGAGACCGUUUCCACCUGCUCGCACUGCACACUGUGGGCCACUGAAUGAAAUGCGCUGCUCUAGAGCUAGGCAACAAGACGGCAUGUUUACGGCUGUUUACGAAGAGUGUUCUCCGUUGCUCUGCUCCCCGUUGCGUUGUUGUUGGGUGGGUUGGAAUGGGAGUGGGUGGUUGAUUGGUUUGGUUUCCGUCGGUGCGAUUGGUUUCGUGCCAUCCUUUGGCGAAGGGAUAUUCGCAAUGGUUGCCGCCUGGUAGCGUGCUGUUGGUUGUGUUGGGUUGGUACGGUGGAUUGUGCGCCGCCGCACAAGGAAUCGAUAUGGUGUUUUUGGGCGCGAAGGGGGGUGGAACGGAGGGUUCGUUGGUCCUUUUUCUUGAGGAAUGGAUGGAUGGGUUUGCUGCGCUAGAGUGUGGUGGUGCGUUUGUUUCGUAGGUCGAGCUCUGUGCUGAAUCCAAGUUCGACUUUUUCGAAUCGUCAUUUAUAUCAGAACCAGUGUGCGGGAGACUAGGUGGUCCUCCAUAUUUGCGUUUUGAUAUAACAUCAAAAAGUUUCCUGUAGCUUUGGGGGGUCCUUUUGUGGAGUAGUUCGCAGUGAAAAUCGGUACGGUAGUCUGGAGUAAGCGAUAUUCGUAAUAAAAUAGUGUAGUCUCGCGGUUUGCUGGCGUGAAAAUUCGCUGGAGAAAAGUCGGAUAUCCUUACGCAAAUGGAAAAACUUUGACAGUGCAGUGAAAAGUUCACCACCCCGAAAAGGGAAAUAACCGUACUCCUUGGCCAUUUAGGAGUAGCAGCAGCUGGUGGAUGAUUCAUACCGUGGAAUGGCCCUAAGGAUAAAUUAAUCCAAUUCGUGAACCGUUUUGGUUUGGAUUUUCUUCCGGAUUAACAGGGAAUCGUUCAUACCUCAAAUUGAGGGCACUUUCGGGGACGAAGCAUAGAAGGAAAAUCUGAAAGUGCGUGUUCCACAGCAGCAGCUCGAUACCCAGUUUGCCUGGUGGUAGUGUGAGUGUGUGUCCCUUCUUAAUACACCUUAUCGAGUCUUGUAUCGUGUGGAAAACUAGGAUCGCAAGUGGCAGUGUGUGCGUGCUUUGUUGCUUGGAGAAAAUUUGUGUUCAGCAAUUUGCAGCCUACCACCUCCCAUUGUGGCCCCGUUUCUGGCCGUUUGCUUUCCGGAAGUGUGAUAGCUUUGGGAUUUCUAUUGCCCGCGGGGAGUAUUGUCGUGUACGGAGCGGAAGUUAGACACUGACUUUUUUUUUCCUGGUGCCUCUAGGCCUGCCAGAAGGAGUAUAUCUAACGCCUAGCAUCUAGAGUGUAUAUAGUGAAUCCGAAUAAAAGGCUGGCGGAUGUUUCAAUUAUUGAGGAAAUUUGCUCUCGAUGGGAUGGUGUUGUGACAUACUUGAAAAUUGAGGGUGAUGAGAAGGAGUGAAUGUGACAAAUACAUAAAAAAGAGCAAAAGAGGUAGAUAUCGAGACCCCGUGAGCUCGAAUAAAAAAGGAUACGUACGUGUGCAUCGUUAAAAGAGUUGUCGAUUCGAUUCGAAGUUACAUAAAAUUCAGUGGAAAAGAAACAUAGAAGAGCAAUUCGCUGGGGAAAACGUGUGGCUUGUUGAUAGCGUUUUCAUCGGACGUGGUGUGAUAAAUUAUUCAUCGCAAAAAUUCCCUCAUCUUCGGCAGUGCUUUUAGUAGACGAGUUGAAGUUGGCAAAAAUGGGCACUGUGCUAAGCUUCAGUCCCCGGGAGCGUCGACCCAUUUAUUCGACGCACCAUCACAGCGCCGGAACGCUGUCGUCGUCCAAUUCGGCAGAUUUCCCUCUGAACAACUACUCAUACGAGCAGUUGAACAACGUCAAGAAUCGAGAGAACACUAAACCGCCAAAUCUGAUACAGGCGGUUCCGAACAAUAGUAAUAUUAACAACAAUAAUCUCAAUAUCAGUACCAAAGACGAUGGAAAGAACAACAACACAAACAACGCUGGUACGCUGAUGUUGCUUCAGCAAAACCACCCCUCCAACAUCAAUGGGAGCGCCAACAUCAAUAGCAUCAACAACAACAUCAACAGCAACAACAACAGCAACAGCAUACAGGAACGCAACAACAAUAAUAACACUAGUAAUACCGACAGUGCUCGUAUCCUCUCGGAGAAGAAUGCUCUCGAGAAGAAUCUCAAGAAGCAUUCCUUGUUCAUCAAUGCCCUCUCGUGGAAGCGACUGGCGGCCUCUCAUGGCAAAAAGAAGCUCGAUAACCAGAAGAACAAGUCGGCCAAUCUGGGGUCGGCUACGUUCCGCACUCCACUUACGGACACCAUACACCCCAUGGUGGACAAAAACAAGAAUCUCCAGCAGUCCCAGUCCUUCACGCAGCCCAUCUCCCACAGCAACCAGCAGUUGCAGCAGAUCCAACCCCAGCAACCGGCUGCCAUCCAGUUGCAACAGCAGCAACAACACUCGCACCCGUCGCAACAAACGGUGUACUUUACUCCCGGAGGUCCGAAGGCACUGUUGGCCCUAGAUUUGGUGCGAGCCAAUAAUACUAAUCCGCUCUCGCAGCCGGAUAAGCUGGCACCGAAGUUGCCACUGCAGUUGCCGUUGCCGUUGCAGCCGAUCAUCAGCCAGCAGCAGGCGGUAGCCGUUGCUCAACAGCAGCAGAGCCAGCUAUCGCAGCAGUUGCACCAUGCCGGACAUGGGCCGCGGAAAACUGUCAUUCAGGCCUCGACGUCAGAGCUACUAAAAUGCCUGGGAAUGUUCCUGCACGACCGGUGCCGAAAGUUACGAGAUUUCCAAGCAGGUGACGCCGUGAUGUGGCUGCGGGCAGUCGAUCGGAGUCUACUGCUUCAGGGAUGGCAGGACGUUGCCUUCAUCAACCCGGCCAACGUGGUGUUCGUGUACAUGCUGGUCCGGGAGCUGGUGGACGGCGAGGAGACCAAGGAGGCUGAACUGCAGGCGGCGGUGCUGACCUGUCUCUAUCUGUCCUACUCGUACAUGGGCAACGAGAUUAGCUACCCGCUGAAACCGUUCCUGGUGGAGGACUCCAAGGACAAGUUCUGGGAUCGGUGCCUCCUGAUCGUGAACCGGCUGUCCUCGAACAUGCUGCGGAUCAACGCCGAGCCGGGCUUCUUCACCGAGAUCUUCACCGAACUGAAGGCCUGCGGUAUGAACUCGUCCAGUUCGAACUCCAACGGAAACCUGCCGUGCGGUGCGGCUUGACGCAGCAACAGCACCAGUCGCCACCCCCGAGAGGUUGUUGUCCGGCUGUCGAUUGCCGGCCAGCAGCAAAAGUACCAGCACCAGACGACCCUCCAGGAGCUGACCAGCGUCGUUUGAGCGGGAACGACCUAAGGGCUUCAUCGGCCCGGAUGGUCGAAGUACGCAGCAGCUAGCAUGAUUCAACGAGAGCUCAGCCUACUAAACCUGACACUACAUACACUACCAUAGCAGCAGCAAUCAUCCUAACAUUCCGGCACACACACGUUGGAACGGAUUCAGUGGUCUAAAUCCUUACUCGAAGGGCGAUAAUGUCCUUCCUCAGCCGUAUCUAGAUGUAUGUGUGUUCCGUUCAACGCCAUAUUGCAAACAGAAGCAACUAUAGUACUCAUCGUCACCGAAACAAUAGAAAAGGGGAAACAGAACAAUUCAACUAUUUAGGGCUUGGGUUGAGGUUCUCGAAUCAACGAAUGCGAAAACUAUCGGUCUCACAGAUGGGGGUCGGACAGUCGGAGUAGUUCAAGUAAUUCACAUUGAAGUUUGAAAAACCACACCCACACAGACACAGAAACAAACACACAUUAUUAGUAAGGAAAUAAGACAAGCCGUUUUUAUUUUGUUAACAAACCCCGUUGGUGAAAAAGUAGUGAUUCCCAAAGUUUAGAGUAGCGAAUCCAAAGAAAAAAACAAAACUCCGUUUAGACUCAUUGAAGUUUUCCCGAAAACUGUCGAACGAGGUCGAGUAUGAAGUUAGGAGAAAAAGAACUCUAUAUGUAUGUAAUGCCCCAGGUCGUACACUCAAUUCCUCCAAGAAUUUGAAGUCAAAGCUGAGAGUGAGGGAGGUCGGCAAUUGCCAGAAGGAGGACAGCCCUGCAAAAUGUGAUUCGAAGAAAUUAUACUAAUAUUAGUCGAAAUUUAUGAAGUUAGGAUUUUCCCCCAAAAGAUCAAUCAGCAGCAUGAAGCAGAGUCUCAAAUUGAGAUGUGAUUAUUUGGAUGGUUCAAAAGAGAGGAUUUCUGUUUUUUUAGUUUUUAUUUAGCAAAUGAUAAUAGCGGUUACAUUCAAUCGAACUAGGUUUCCAAAUGCAAUGAUCUGACGUUUACAUGACCGGUGCAUUUUUAUAUGGCUAGCCAGCCAUAAGUCAGGGGAAGUUGUUUACUUGAAAUGAAUCAAACGUCAAAUCUACUGUUUAUUUUCUUUCUAUGGAAAAAGUGGUUUUGACAUUUGGUUCGUCCAAGGGCGCUCGCCUUAUGAAAACAAGUUCAUUUUUAGUGAACAAGGCACCGCUAAAACAUCAAAUUAGUGAACUAGACAUGGUUUACCCAACAUGAACAACCCAAGAAACAGAAGUAGCUGACCAACAGUUUCUUAAGCUGAAGUUUACUUAAGAGUGGUUAACUCAACUCUUAUACAGCAAACAUGUUUGAUGGGAAUAUUCCUUUUUAUGUGGCAGGUCCGUGCAUACAUUUUUGAUUCAAAAGAUUGAACAAUAGCUGCUAACACGAACCUGUCAUUGCCAUAGAAGAACUGUCAAAGACCCGAAAAAUUAGGUGAUUUAAGAUGUCAAAUAAAACGGCCGAUUCAAUAUCAUUUCAACGUCAAACAAGUGGAUCCGAAAUGAACUUGUUCAAUACGGCUAUGAACUUAUGCACGUGUUCAUUCGUUUGACAUCUGAGCGGUGCCGUGCUAUCAAGGUGGAAAUGGCGAUGGAAACACGUUCAUUUUCUGUUAACACGGCAACGCUCAAUUAUCAAAUUAGUGGGCUUUAUCGCUUCAUGGACUAUUACACGAGUUCACUAAUUGGACGAAAAUGAACUCAUUGUUUGAACACUAAUGGACUUAUCCAGCGAUGAAUCCAAUUCAUCGCAGUCCGAGAAUUUGGACACUAGAGCGAGGCCGUUUCCAACCAGAACUGAACGAUUUCCAAUCAGAAUUGAACGAUUCUGGUAGGGAAUGGCCCGCUCUAGUGUCGAAAUUCUCGGUUCAUCGGUGAAUGAGUCCAUACUGAAAAUGUAUUCGUUUCCUGCAGACGAGUAAACUCAAGUUUAUCGGUGCACUCGUCUAUUUUGUUCACAGAAAAUGACAGCUCAGUUCAUUUGACCUAAGGGGUGAUAGUUUGGCAAAGAUUACCCAUACUGAAUUGAUUAUGCCGUCAUUAUGAUUGAGUUACUAUUGUUUCACGAUAUUCCAUAAAACAUCUCAAAAUUCAAAUCAAAGCGGAGGUACUGAUUGUAGAGGAAAAGUAGAAGCGCUUACAUCUACUUUUCCUCGUCUUUUUUCUGUUUUUUUAAAUAAUAAGUUUAUUAUCAUGCAUUCUAAAGAAACACUGUUCUGUAUCGUUACUUGGAACCUUCAGAAAAGAGCAAUUUUUGUUUUCGUUUUCAAUCCUUCAUCUUAAUAGGUAUGUAAACCACAGAAAGAAAUUAAUUCAGAAUAUAUAGGCAUAAACAGAACAAGUAGCUUUCAGCUUGCGAAUCUAUGGACAAAUUCACCGAUGAACCGAAUUCACUCCGUCCGAGAGAUUUGACACUAGAGUGGGGUCGUUUUAAAUUAGAAUAGACGAGUGCACCGCCCGCUGAAAGUUCACUCGGGCAGCGAAUUUUGACACCACAGCGGGGUCGACUCUCAACAACUUCUACACAGCUGAAAAUUUGUUCAAUUUAAUGCACCUAGUUUUCACGAUGAAGUUGAAAAAUAUGGGCUAGUGCAUUACUAUAUGCAUGUGCAUCACUUUAAAUAAAAAUUCAUGUAAGAAAUCAAAGAAAAAAAAAAUAACAGCGCAUUUUGGUGAUGCAUCUCUGAGUAGAAGUUGUUGAGAGUCGACCCCGCUGUGCUGUCAAAAAUUUUCAGGCUCGGUGAACUCAAUGUUCAUCAUGCACUCGUCUAUGGACUGAUCCAUCGAUGAACUGAAUUCAUCGCGGUCCGAGAAUUUUGACACUAAAGCGGGGCCAUUCCCAAUCAGAAUCGUUCAAUUCUAAUUGGAAAGACCCCGCUCUAGCGUCAAAAUUCUCGGGCCGCGAUGAAUUCGGUUCAUCGGUGGAUAAGUCCAUUGGACGUUUCUGAUUGGAAAUGACUCCUCUCUUGUGUCAAAAUUCUCAGACCAAAUGAAUUCAGUUCAUCGAUGGAUAAGUACAUACGCGACGCAGUGAUGAAUGCUGAGUUCACUCGCCUGACCCCUGGUGUGACACAACAGUGGGUAAACUUUUACAAAUGUCUACUCAGCGGUUGAUGAUAGCUAUGUGCCGCUUAUUAGUCUCCAAAUUCUCAAAGCGAGUGAACUCUCGGUCAACUAGUCACUAAUCACAAUUGAACCAUCCCUUAGAAUAUUAAUUUGUACACCUUAAAGAUUGAUUCGACCGUACUAAAUGCAAAUCGAAACCAAAAGCUACUAGUCAGCAAAACGGAGUGAUGAUGGUUUGAAACAAAACCGGAAAAGCCAUAACAUUAAAAGAAGAGAAGAAAAAAAAACAAAAAACUAACAGAAACUAGCCGCGGUAUUCGAAAACAAAAAAAAAAUAAAACCCAGAACAAACUUUGUAUAGUGAGUAAGUGAAUGUUAAUGUUUGAUUUUAGUGGUUAGAGAAACAGAAGAAAAAAACAGAAAAAGCAAGCUAAAAGUCGAUAAUGAUGAUGAUACUCGAACUAGUGUGCGUGAUUGUAGAAAAAAAAAUGGAAAAUAUGAACAUCAACGACAUAAUUUGACGGCACGUGUACAGAGGGUGCUGUUAACGAUGAGUAACUCAACGUGUAAGAGAGAAAGGGCACUCAAGUGAGAUGAGAAGCGCAUGAUCUGUUGUGCAAUGGUUGAAAACGUGUGAUCUCGUUUGGAUAAGUUUGUUGAAUCUUAGUUUAUCUUUUUCGGGGGUUAAAUUUCAACCGAAUAUAGCGUAGUCUUUUGAGUUACCCAACGUGAGGCUUGGCAGUAGCGAAUGAAUUUAGAAUCAAACGUUGGAAACGUAGCGCGCUUAGAAGCCACUCACGCUCGCACAUUCCGUUAGGUAAUAUUGAUACAUAUCAGGAAUGUACGGAACGAAAAUACGUAACUACAGAAGAGGAGUACCAGUUUCAUUUCCUUUGAAUGUCAGUAUUUUUUUCUCACGAGUAGGGCAUUUCCAUCAGAUCAAAGCUCUAAUGGGAUCCUGUUUUUGUUGUAAACGCAAAUGAAUCCGAAUUCUACAAAUAGACGAGUGCACCGAUGAACUGAAUUCAUCGCGAUCCGAUAAUUUUGGCACUAGAGCGGGGCCGCUUCCAAUCAGAAGUGAAAGAUUUCAAGUCAGAAUUGAACAAUUCUGAUUGGGAAUAGCCCCGCUCUAGUGUCAAAAUUCUCGGACCGCAAUGAUUUCAGUUCAUCGAUGCACUCGUCUAUGGACUUAUCCACCGAUGAACCGAAUUCAUCGCGGUCCGAGAAUUUUGACACUAGAGCGGGGCCGUUCCAAUCAGAAUUGGACGAUUCUGAUUGGAACAGACCCCGCUCUAGUGUCAAAAUUCUCGGACCGCAAUGAAUUUGGUUCAUCGGCGGAUAAGCCCAUGGCGCAUCCCUUGAAAUGUCGUUUUCAAUUGGAAAGUUUUUCACAGACAACAGAGACUUUUUGUUGUCCAUUAUUGAAAGUAUUUGUUUUGUUUCUUGUUGUAUUUACUGAUACAAAUGAACACGUAUGAAAACGAAAGACAGGAAUCAAUUGGUGAUGUCAUUGCUUGUUUUUGAAUAGAAUGAAUUUGGAAGCGUCAAAUUACUAAUGGCACUCAAGUUCCCAGUUUUCAGAAAUUUCUGACAAAUUCAGCCUAGAUUUUGUAAUCUAGUGGUGUCAUUAAUUGAAACAUUUUCCGAAGAAAUUUUAUGAAACAAGGGUAGUUUGAUCUAAUGGAAUUGAACUUUCAGCAUGAGAGUGUAUCAACAUUUUUGUCAAAAUUAUCAUAUCAAACAUCUACUGGAAAAAUAAGCCCAGAUACCAAAAAUGGUCGAAAAACUACAAUUUUUAUGUGAUUAAUUCCGAAUGAAUUUCCUUCCAGGUUUGUGAUAGAUUAAUCACAAACAAAACUGUAAGCUCUAAAAAAAAAAGAAUCAUGAAGAGGGAUUCUCUAGACACUCACUGGCGAGUUACCUCAUUGACCAUAUUUGGCCAAGGAUUUAUGACAUCGCUGCAGCUCAAUCACCGGGCACUCGCUGACGAUGUUACUAUUCUGUAUACGUGUCAUCUAUUGAUUAAGCCAGGAAUACAUAGCGAACGUUCCGUCAAGGAUUGCGUUUUUUUGACAGUUUUCCCAUGAGAAAUCCGUCAAACUACGUCACGCACACGCAAACGUAUCCAUUGUGCAGGGCAUUUUUAUUCAUUCAAUCAAUACGGUCGCCAUGUGAAGUAAUAAAUAGUAUACUAUUUAUUCUUUACAUGGCGACCGUAUUGAUUGGAUGAGUAAUCAAUAGAUGUGUUCUGUUGAACUGCAAUAUACGUGUUAUCCCAGUAGGUCAUGCCUGAUGUAUGGGAGCACCGAUGUUUCAAUGCGGCGAGUGCUUGUUGAAUUCCCUCAUUCAACUAAUCCUGAAAAUUCGUUAUGAUUGAAUAGAAAUCAUACAUUAUUUUACAUGCCAGUUCUUAAUCAUUAAGUCAACGCUAGAUUAUUUGUUUAUAUCUCGUUUUUAUCAUGGUGUUCUGGUAUGUUUUCCACCCUGAUAAAAUUGGGUUUGGUGUUUGAACAAUUUACGUGAUUGAAGUUAAAAGUGUUAGCUCAGUAAAUCAGAGGUACAUAAACUCCGAGGUGUUUAGCCCUGAUAUUUACCACUUUUUUCGAAAAUUAUUUAGUUACAAAUUUGUUGAUACAUUUUUAGUUACAUCGUAAAUAAAAUACUGAAUCAUUGUGUACUAAAUUAACUUUAACUUAUUUCAACUGAAGCAAACAGUUACUUGUAAAUAAUUUCUCAAAGUACUUAAAUUGAAGGAUACUUUUGCUCUCUCCAACCCACACUGUGGAUACAUCCCUGAAUAAGAUAGAAUAGCCUAAAUGUAACACUCAUACACACUGACACAGAAAUCCAUCCAUCAGUUUAGUUGCAAGUUUUAGCAAAAAAAAACGUGAUUUAUAAAACACAAUACGCUCACUCUGUUUUGACCAUAGUUUUAAAACCUGUAUCAUGUAUAUUGUAUAACAAUUUCCCAAAAAUGACGAAGAACGAAUGUAAAAUGUGUAUCAAUAGAAACCUUUUAUCUUAUAAAGCAAAUUCAAACUCCUUUUUCUCUCACAGUAAAAAGCUUGCUUACAGAAAACGACCUGUAAAUAUCAACCUCUCCACUUGGUUCGCCAUGCAGCGGAAUCUAAUUUUAAAACUCGGUUCGAGCACUGAACGAAAUUUCCGGUGAAAUACCCAGUAGGUACCAGCAAAAUUUGUCUCAGUGUAUGCAAUUUUCAACCGUUGUUCACUCGACCACAUAAAAGCAGGGCCGGAGUACGUGCAAUUUGAGAGAAGUGUUCAGAAUUACAAACGAAACUUUGAGCAGAGAAAGCGGCAGGAUUGUUCGACUGUGCAAUAAAAAGACGAAAGAAAAACACUCUUUACUAGAUUUAGAGCAGACUGUACACUGAAAUUUAAAUCGUAGUUUGAAGAGAAUCGUUCUUUGUUUGAUUUUAUUUACAAAAACUAAAAAAUAUGAGAUCAUUUUGCGAUCUUGCAAAGAAAAAAAAUCUUCCAGAAAAUUCCGUACUAACUUUUGCUCGAUACGUAUUUAUUUUUGUUCUUUUUAUAUCCAAACCAAAUAACAAAAACUAACCCAUUGAAGGUAAGGCUUGGACAAGAUCCAAGCAAUUCAAUGACAUCGGUUGCCUUUCGGUGCGCCAGACUAGCAUAAACCAGAGUUUCGAAUAGUUCUUCUCGGGAACAACCAAGAGUAAAAUUAGUAGUAAAAUGCAAAGCAAACAAAGAAACAAGACACGUAGAAAUCCCAUCAACAUCCGUAAGAUUGCUGCAACAGUAAACUACACGAACAAUGAACAGAUCCACUCAUUAGAACAGACCUUGAGAAAAAAAAUAUACGAGAGAAACGAUGGAACAAGAUAAACACAAAUAAACCAAACAAGAAUACUGUUGAAUGUUGAUUACAAAACUAACAAGUAACUGAAAUAAACACAUAAUAAGAGUUAUUAACAAAUUGGAACGAAGCGUGUUUGUACGGAACAUGUGGUUUGAUUCAAACUGCAUUGGGACUGUUGAAAACGUGAACUAUUAGAUACAGAGUGGGUAAUCGAUAGCUGCAAAACGAUCAUUAUUUUUCGGAAAAAAAAGACUCAAGACCAAUAAAGAAAAACUUUAAUGUAGAAACAAGCGUUGUUAGGAAGCAUUGUGCUGAACUUGCCAGAAAAGCAAAACCAUCAACCGAACCCUGUCCGAUUAACACAACCGCGAUUGAAACCGAUUGAUUGCCAAACUACGAAUCAAUAAAAACAAUAUCUCCUAUUAAAUCAAUUCACAAAAAAAAAACAGAUAAAUAGAAAACAUCAUAAGAAAAUAGACAAAAUGACUCGUUCAGCUAGAGGAGGAAGAUAUAAAACGAUUUAAACGGGAUGAUUUCUGCCAAUCGCUAUCUGCAGAUCUCCUACCAUAAAGCUCUUCGUUCCUGUAAAGGAAAGCGAGGAAAUUAAUAAAAUCUGUAGCAACAAAAAAAUGUCCAUACCAUCCAAUGGAGUUUGAGAGAGAAGAACAAAAACUAUGAGCAAAAUUAAACAAGCAAAAAAACAAGCAGCUAGAAACUCCAGAUCCAGCGAUACCCUAAA